CUUUCAACUGCGGUCCUCAGAUCGCAGCCUCCUGAGUAGUUAGGAUUACAGGCAUGAGCCACCAGCGCCCGGCUGCUUAAUUAUUUUUUAAUCAGGGUCUUGGGUUUUGUCUUGGCUGGCCUGUACUUUAAUCUUCCUAUAUACACUUGUACACUACCUGCUCUUGCAAACAUUAUUCCUGGGCAGGCUUCAAAUUCCGAUCCUCUCCCAUCUCCACCUACAUAGUAGCUAAGAUAACAGACAUGAGGCACUGCGCCCAACUUUGAUUGUAACUUCUUUGCGUCACAAAUUUUGAAUUCACUGAACUACAGCAUUUAAUCAACCUCUGCACUGUCUUCGUUAAACCUGGCGGGUGGCGCAUGCGCACUCGCUGCGAGCACGCAGCCUGGGCGGGGGCGUCCGCCGCUGUGACGUAACAGCCCUGCGCCACUCCACGCCGGGGCCGCAGCCGUUUAGGCGCUCGAGAGACUCGGAGAUGGCAGAACCAGUUUCUCCGGGGAAGUCGGCGGACCAAGUGUGCACUUUCCUCUUCAAAAAGCCCAAGCGGAGAGGCACCGCGUGCCGCAGGAAGCGCCCGUCGUGCGGCCCGGAGUCUGGGGACAGCGACUGCAGUAGCGACGAAGGCAGCACUGUGGUCCGACCGGAGAAGAAGAGGGAGGUCCACAACCCCAUGAUCCAAAAGACGCGCGGCGUUGGCAAACCAAAGGCGUCGGAGCGCCGCGGAAGCUGGGACCGGGACCGGGACGAGGGUGAGGAGGAGGAGGAGGAGAGUGUAAGUCUGGGCGUGGUCUACAAGUCCACCCGCUCUGCGAAGCCCGCGGGGCCCGAGGACAUGGGGGCGACCGCCGUGUACCAGCUGGACACAGACAAGGACCGAGAUGCACAGGCCAUCUUCGAGCGCAGCCAGAAGAUCCAGGAGGAGCUGAGGGGCAAGGAGGAUGACAAGAUCUACCGGGGAAUCAAUAACUACCAGAAAUACAUGAAGCCCAAAGAUACAUCCAUGGGCAACGCGUCCUCCGGGAUGGUGAGGAAGGGCCCCAUCCGAGCGCCCGAGCACCUGCGUGCCACCGUGCGCUGGGAUUACCAGCCCGACAUCUGUAAGGACUACAAAGAGACUGGCUUCUGCGGCUUCGGAGACAGCUGCAAAUUCCUCCACGACCGUUCAGAUUACAAGCACGGGUGGCAGAUCGAACGUGAGCUUGACGAGGGUCGCUAUGGUGUCUGUGAGGAGGAAAACUACGAAGUAAGAAGCGAUGAUGACGAAAUACCAUUCAAGUGUUUCAUCUGUCGUCAAACCUUCAAAAACCCAGUUGUCACCAAGUGCAAGCAUUAUUUCUGUGAGAGCUGUGCCCUGCAGCAUUUCCGCACCACUCCGCGCUGUUAUGUCUGUGACCAGCAGACCAGCGGUGUCUUCAAUCCUGCCAAAGAAUUGAUUGCUAAGCUGAGGAAGCAUAGACUAGCUGCAGCUGAGUGUGGUGCUUGCCGUAUUUCAGAGGACCCCGAUGGGGUUUAAUUACCAUCGCUUGGGUUUUCCAUAAAUUUCCCUUAGAAAUACUUUUCUUCUGGUCUUCUUCAAAAACUCCCCCAAAUAGCCAUAACGGAAGGAAUGGAUUUAAAAGUUUGUAGAAGGAAUAUCAAGUUUGUUUUAUAUGAAGAUUCUGCAGAUUGAGUCAAUAUAGUCAACUUUUUCAGGAAUUCUCAACAUGUCAUAGGUACACAUUCGAAAUCAAAUGAGUUAAGAACUAGUUCACUAGUGAGCCAAUGUGUGAUUUUUCUUCUUGAAAGAACAGUGUUGCUGCCUAGUGGAAAUAGACUUCAGACCUUCCAAAGAGCUGUU